UGUUGGAGCCUGAUUUCCAACCGGACGUGUUAUGAAUCCACAACAAAAUGGCGACCACCUAUAGUCGAUCAUGCCUCCAGUUUCUGCUACACCUUGCCCAAGAUAACUUGGACUUCAGGUUACCGGAAAUUAAGGCUUUGUUGGCUCUCAGAGGCAAACCCUUCCUCCCCGGUGUGAACUUCAAAGAAAAGUUUCCUUUCUGGUGUCUGGAUGGGUUGUGUGAGGACGAUGUACAAGGCAUUUUGGCCAGAUCUGUAUGUGCAAAGUCCGCUAUUGAACUAUGGGGUCACGGACACACACACAGUGAGCUCAAAACAUCCCUCUUGAACUACCCAUCAGAGAACAUGUUACCUUUCAUGCAGAAAGACUCAAGCUAUAGAAUCAAUGUCUACACUUUUAACAAGACUCUGGUGAUGGAAGACAGAAUCAAAAGGAUUGAUGCUUUGGAUUAUCUCCCAUUCAGGGGCACAGUGAGUCUGAAAAGCCCCGAUCACACCUUCUGUUUGUGGGAAGACUACGGCACAGACCCAAACAACAUACCUGAGCAUCCAAACUACAUCUAUUUUGGCCGUUGGAUAGGAGAUGGACAACGUGAACUGAUCCGCUCGCACAGUGUGAAGAACAGACACUUCAUAGGAAACACCAGUAUGGAUGCUGGACUGUCGUUCAUCAUGGCUAACCACGCAAGAGUCAAAGAAAAUGACGUUGUAUUUGACCCGUUUGUUGGUACAGGGAGCCUGUUGGUGGCAUGUUCUCAGUUUGGAGCUUAUGUUUGUGGAACAGAUAUUGAUUACAACACCAUUCAUGGCAAAGGUAGGUCUAGUCGUAAAAACCAGAAGUGGCGAGGCCCUGAUGAGAACAUCCGAGCCAACCUGCGGCAGUACGGGACAGAGAGGAUGUAUUUAGAUGUAAUGGUGUCUGAUGCUUCUAAGCCUGUGUGGAGGGACGCUGCGCUGUUUGACGCCAUCAUUACUGAUCCUCCAUAUGGUAUCCGCGAGUCCACAAGGAGAACGGGCUCCAACAGAGACAACGCUAGACCUCCUGAUGGCAUCUAUAUGGAGUCUCACGUCCCAGUCUCACAGGCGUACCAUCUGAGUGACAUCUUCACUGAUCUGUUACACUUCUCUGCACAUCAUCUGGUCAUGGGUGGGAGGCUCGUCUACUGGCUACCUAUCUACAGACCAGAGUACUGUGAGGAGAUGGUCCCUCUUCACCCGUGUCUCCGGCUCAUCAGUAACUGUGAGCAGACUCUCUCCAGCCACACAUCGCGGCGCCUCAUCACCAUGGAGAAGAUCAAGGAGCCUGAGGGGGAAUUGGACAGCCUGGCUCAUCUAGCAGACCCCCGCCUUAGCCCCUACCAGGGACACAACGCGUUCAGAGAGAAGUAUUUCGGUGGACUCAACAAAAGGUGUGGCAAGGAGGAGGACAAAUCUAAUGUCAGUGGAGAGUGACCACCUGAGAUGAAAUCAAAGGAAACUAGAGAAAGGAACACAAUCAGGUUAUAGAUGGACUAGAAGAUUUGUGUCUUUUUUACCUUUGUCUCUGUUUUAAUUAUGAUUUUUUUGUAUUACUGUACUUAAUGCUUUUCAAAUAAAUGGAUAAAAUAAAAAA